UCUUGUUGUGGAACUACUGCUUGGCAAAGGAGGAAAAAAGCCAUCAUUGACGCAUUGGCUGAAAAGAAGUCUACACCUCUUCAUUUAGCGUGCCAGAAUGGCCAUAAUGAGGUUGUGGAAAUAUUAAUUAGGGAAAAAGCCAACAUUGAAGCAUUGGCUGAAAAUAAGUUAACACCUCUUCAUUUAGCAUGCGAGAAUGGUCAUGAAAAGGUUGUGGAAUUAUUAAUUGGGGAAAAUGCUAACAUUUACGCAUUCGAUGGAGGUAAGUACACACCGCUUCAUUGGGCAUGCUGCAAUGGUCAUAAAAAGGUUGUGGAAAUAUUAAUUAGGGAAAAAGCCAUCAUUGGUGCAUUGGCUGAAAAUAAGUACACACCUCUUCAUUUAGCAUGCCAAAAUGGUCAUAAAGAGGUUGUACAAAUAUUAAUUAGGGCAAAAGCAAAAAUUAACGCAUUGGCUGUAGAUAAGUGCACACCGCUCCAUUUGGCAUGCGUAAAUGGCCAUAAAGAAAUUAAGGACAUAUUAAUUAGGAAAAAUGCCAAAAUUGACGCAUUGACUAAACAGAAAUCUACACCUCUUCAUUUAGCAUGCCAGAAUGGCCAUAAAGAGAUUGUGGAAAUAUUAAUCGGGGAAAAAGUCAACAUUGAAGCAUUGGUUGAAAAGAAGUUCACGUUCGGGCCUUUUCAUUUGGUAUGCCUGAAUGGUGGAAAAGAGGUUGUGGAAAAAUUAAUUAGGGCAAAAGCAAUCAUUGACGCAUUGGCUGUAGAAAAUUUCACACCACUCCAUUUGGCAUGCGUAAAUGGCCAUAAAGAAAUUGUGGAAAUAUUAAUUAGGAAAAAUGCCAACAUUGACGCAUUGACUAAACAGAAAUCUACACCUCUUCAUUUAGCAUGCCAGAAUGGCCAUAAAGAGAUUGUGGAAAUAUUAAUCGGGGAAAAAGUCAACAUUGAAGCAUUGGCUGAAAAGAAGUUCACGCCUCUUCAUUUGGCAUGCCUGGAUGGCCACGAAGAAGUUGUAGACAUAUUAAUUAGGGAAAUAGCCAACAUUGACGCUUCGACUGAAAAGAAGUACACACCUCUUCAUUUAGCAUGCCAAUAUGGACAUGAAGAGGUUGUACAAAUAUUAAUUAGGGCAAAACCAAACAUUAACGCAUUGGCUGAAGAUAAGUUCACACCGCUCCAUUUGGCAUGCCUGACUGGCCAUAAAGAAGUUGUGAAAAUAUUAAUAAGGGAAAAAGCCAACAUUGACGCAUUGGAUGAAAAGAAGUUCACACCUCUUCAUUUAGCAUGCGAGAUUGGUCAUAAAGAGGUUGUUAAAAUACUAAUUAGGAAAAAAGCCAAUAUUGAAGCAUUAGCUGAAAAGAAGUUCACACCGCUUCAUUUAGCAUGCGAGAAUGGUCAUGAAAAGGUUGUGAAAAUAUUAAUUAGGGAAAAGGCCAACAUUGACGCAUUGGAUGAAGAUAAGUCCACACCUCUUCAUUUGGCCUGCCUGAAUGGCCAUAAAGAAGUUGUGGAAAUAUUAGUUAGGGAAAAAGCCAACAUUGACGCAUUGGUUGAAAAGAAAAUCACGCCUCUUCAUUUGGCAUGCCUGACUGGCCAUAAAGAAGUUGUUAAAAUAUUAAUAAGGAAAAAAGCCAACAUUGAAGCAUUGGAUGAAAAUAUGUCCACACCGCUCCAUUUGGCAUGUCUGAAUGGCCAUAAAAAAGUUGUGGAAAUAUUAGUUAGAAAAAAAGCCAAUAUUAACGCAUUGGUCGAAAAUAAGUACACACCUCUUCAUUUAGCAUGCCAGAAUGGUCGAAAAGAGGUUGUGGAAAUAUUAAUUGGGGAAAAUGCUAACAUUCAUGCAUUGGAUGAAGAUAAAAACACACCGCUUCAUUGGGCAUGCUGCAAUGGUCAUAAAGAGGUUGUUGAAAUACUAAUUAGGAAAAAUGCCAACAUUGAAGCAUUAGCUGAAAAGAAGUUCACUCCGCUUCAUUUAGCAUGCGAGAAUGGUCAUGAAAAGGUUGUGGAAAUAUUAAUUAGGGAAAAGGCCAACAUUGACGCAUUGGAUGAAGAUAAGUCCACACCUCUUCAUUUGGCCUGCCUGAAUGGCCAUAAAGAAGUUGUGGAAAUAUUAGUUAGGGAAAAAGCCAACAUUGACGCAUUGGUUGAAAAGAAAAUCACGCCUCUUCAUUUGGCAUGCCUGACUGGCCAUAAAGAAGUUGUUAAAAUAUUAAUAAGGAAAAAAGCCAACAUUGAAGCAUUGGAUGAAAAUAUGUCCACACCGCUCCAUUUGGCAUGUCUGAAUGGCCAUAAAAAAGUUGUGGAAAUAUUAGUUAGAAAAAAAGCCAAUAUUAACGCAUUGGUCGAAAAUAAGUACACACCUCUUCAUUUAGCAUGCCAGAAUGGUCGAAAAGAGGUUGUGGAAAUAUUAAUUGGGGAAAAUGCUAACAUUCAUGCAUUGGAUGAAGAUAAAAACACACCGCUUCAUUGGGCAUGCUGCAAUGGUCAUAAAGAGGUUGUUGAAAUACUAAUUAGGAAAAAUGCCAACAUUGAAGCAUUAGCUGAAAAGAAGUUCACUCCGCUUCAUUUAGCAUGCGAGAAUGGUCAUGAAAAGGUUGUGGAAAUAUUAAUUAGGGAAAAGGCCAACAUUGACGCAUUGGAUGAAGAUAAGUCCACACCUCUUCAUUUGGCCUGCCUGAAUGGCCAUAAAGAAGUUGUGGAAAUAUUAGUUAGGGAAAAAGCCAACAUUGACGCAUUGGUUGAAAAGAAAAUCACGCCUCUUCAUUUGGCAUGCCUGACUGGCCAUAAAGAAGUUGUUAAAAUAUUAAUAAGGAAAAAAGCCAACAUUGAAGCAUUGGAUGAAAAUAUGUCCACACCGCUCCAUUUGGCAUGUCUGAAUGGCCAUAAAAAAGUUGUGGAAAUAUUAGUUAGAAAAAAAGCCAAUAUUAACGCAUUGGUCGAAAAUAAGUACACACCUCUUCAUUUAGCAUGCCAGAAUGGUCGAAAAGAGGUUGUGGAAAUAUUAAUUGGGGAAAAUGCUAACAUUCAUGCAUUGGAUAAAGAUAAAAACACACCGCUUCAUUGGGCAUGUUGCAAUGGUCAUAGAGAGAUUGUGGAAAUAUUAAUUAGGAAAAAAGCCAAUAUUGAAGCAUUAGCUGAAAAGAAGUUCACACCUCUUCAUUUAGCAUGCGAGAAUGAUCAUGAAAAGGUUGUGGAAAUAUUAAUUAGGGAAAAAGCCAACAUUGAAGCAUUGGAUGAAAAUAUGUCCACACCUCUUCAUUUAGCCUGCCUGAAUGGCCAUAAAGAAGUUGUGGAAAUAUUAAUUAGGAAAAAAGCGAAUAUUAACGCAUUGGUCGAAAAUAAGUACACACCUCUUCAUUUAGCAUGCCAGAAUGGUCGAAAAGAGGUUGUGGAAAUAUUAAUUGGGGAAAAUGCUAACAUGCAUGCAUUGGAUGAAGAUAAAAACACACCGCUUCAUUGGGCAUGCUGCAAUGGUCAUAGAGAGAUUGUGGAAAUAUUAAUUAGGAAAAAAGCCAAUAUUGAAGCAUUAGCUGAAAAGAAGUUCACACCUCUUCAUUUAGCAUGCGAGAAUGGUCAUGAAAAUGUUGUGGAAAUAUUAAUUAGGGAAAAGGCCAACAUUGACGCAUUGGAUGAAGAUAAGUCCACACCUCUUCAUUUAGCCUGCCUGAAUGGCCAUAAAGAAAUUGUGGAAAUAUUAGUUAGGGAAAAAGCCAACAUUGACGCAUUGGCUGAAAAUAAGUACACACCUCUUCAUUUAGCAUGCCUGAAUGGACAUAAAGAAGUUGUGGAAAUAUUAGUUAGGGAAAAAGCUAACAUUGACGCAUUGGCUGAAAAUAAGUACACACCUUUUCAUUUAGCAUGCCGGAAUGGUCAUAAAGAUAUUGCGGAAAAAUUAAUUAGGAAUAAUGCCAACGUUGACGCAUUGGCCGAAAAGAAGCUUACACCUCUUCUUUUAACAUGCUUGAAUGGUCAUAAAGAGAUUGUAGAAGUAGUAUUAUUAUUGUUAACAUUAAUAUUUAUUUUAUUUUAUUAUUAUUUUGUUUACCUUUAAUUGGCUUGAAUAUUGAAAAACGUUACAAAACUUACAUAGUUGUCGAAUUUCUUAUCAAAAAAUCCCUUAUUUUUGUACAAUUCUGACAUAAUUACUGAACUGAAGUCAUUUACAUUACUGUUAGCGUAAUUUUUCAAAUUGUUGUUGAUUGCUGCGCGCUAAUUUUUCAUUAUUUUGUCCAAGUGUUGUAUCCAAAAUCUCAAUAGGAUCUUCAACAUCUAUUCUCAUUUUGUUUGUUAUUAUAUUUUUAGCAAAAUCCCACACUUCAGAUGACUCUUCAUAUUUUUUCAAGCGAUGGCCCACAUCAUCUUUGACCACAUAUAUUACAAAGAUUGUUGUCCGCAGUGCUGAAAAUUUCAUUUCGUCACAUCUAAAUUCAACUUCUCUGUGAUUCAACCAUCUACAGUUCAUUUUAGAAGCUGAACCUGAGAAUACGGUAUAUGAAAAACUUGUGCAGCUAGACCAGUUCUGCGAGAAAGUUACGGGUAAACUGCUAUUUUUCGAAUGGUAAAUGUCACGGACUAUCUUUGAAAAAUGCGAAAUGAUAU